AUGGAUUAUUUGAAGGAGGGAAAGAAAAUGCAGAAGUAUGACUGGUUGGUACUAUUUCCUGGCCUUUUGCUCCUUGAUGUCGAAAUCAUCAAACAUCUCCCAUGGGGGGCAGAUCUCAAAGUUGAUGGCAAGAAAAUGGUAGACAAUGAUGGGAUGCCACACAAGUAUUUUACCUGGGUGGCCUACAUUGCUGUUAUGUUGGAAGACUUGCCGCAAGUUGUCCUUCAAGUUGCUUUUGUUGUUGUCAUUGAAGAGGAUGAUGGAUGGGCAAUUACUGCGGCAAUGGCGUCUUUGACACUAUCAAUGGCAGAUGUCCUGGUGAAGCUGGUAUUUCCUCCUUUCAUUAAACGUUUGACGAAGCACUCGCGUAGUUGCUUGAGACGCGUGAAUGCAAUGGACAGGACGGGGCUUUGUGGACAACUGUGUCCUCAACACUCAAUGGCUGAAAGAGGAGAGACAAGUGAGGACGUUGAGCACCCUGAGAAUCAAUGA